GCGUCGGGCACGUGCGGCUACGCGGCGAUGGAGCACGACGAGCAGUGGGCGCGCUGCUGCUGCCGCGACACCACGUUCUGCUGCCCCCAGGGCGAAUGGAGAGAGAGCUGCCUGUCGCGCGACGACUGGGAGGACGAGUGGGAGGACGAGGAGGACGACGAGUGGGACCGGCACCACGACGCGGACGAGGACGCCAUCUUCGCCAUGCUCCACGAGGUCCACGUCCUCGUCGUCGUCGUCAUCGUGCUCCUCGCGUUGCUCAUCGUCGUCCUCCUCGCCAUCGCCGGCCUCAAGUACAAGGCGCAGGCCGCCGCGGGGUCCGCGAUCGCCGCGAUGGGCGUCGAGCUCAGCACCGCGGGGCCGAGCGCCUACAGCGUCGUCUAG